CUACAGUCAUAUUAUUUUGCAGCCUCACAAACACCGCCUCCUUUCUUCUUCACCAUCAACUCUCCACAGUGAAUUGGCUCCCAUCCUACGAUAGUUAGGAGUUCUAUUGCAUCAUCCAAUCUCGAUUAAUGGACGAGGGCAUCAAAGAGAAGUUCUUUUCGGAUUUGAGAUGCCUCUUUGAUCAGAAACCGGAGGUUGAUAGUCUUAUUCAGGGUUUCGAAAAUGUAGGGCUCAAAGGGAAACAAAUCGAUACUUCUUCAGAAGACAUGGAGGAUUUGAGCUCUGAUGGUGAUUUUAGUAUCAGCAAUCGUGACAUGCAACAUCCGAUCCGACCCGAUGCCGAAAACUGCUCGUUUUUCGUUCGAACUGGGACAUGCAGGUUCGGGCGGAUGUGCAGGUUCAAUCACCCUGUUUCGACGAAAAUCUAUGUUGAUCGGGGAAAAAGCAACAUAUUUGGUGCUGGAAGUUCAUCUAAAAGUUUGAGUCGGAUUCCAUGCAAGUUUUACCAAAUUGGUCAUUGCAAAUAUGGAGAAUCUUGCAGAUUCAAUCACUCCAAAUCUGAGCCUGAAAACUCUCUCCCGCGCCUUAACGUGCUUGGUUUUCCAGAAAGAUUGGGCUGUGAAAACUGUUCAUUCUACAUGCGUACUGGUGUCUGUGGUUAUGGUGCAUCCUGUAAAUUUCACCACCCUCCACCUAUCUUCUUUACUGUUGAAUCCAUGGAUAGCCAGAAUGAAGCUUCAGAAAUCAAUGAAGGUGAUGCAGGACAUGUGGUUCCUCAUUUCUCACAAUCAACUAAUUCACAUGUGCGUGUGCUAAAAUUCGGCAGUUUCCCAAGUGUAACCAGUGGGAAUCUGGAAAAGAAUCAGCACCCAGUGACAGAUGGAUCAUCCACCUCAGAAUCUCCUUCUGGUGGCAAGACCAAGUAGAAUGGGCAAAUUACAUUUACAGGGAUGGUUUCUUUUCUUAACUCUAAACUAAUAAUCUCUUAGAAUAUCUCUCAAGUUUAUAACUUAAUAUGUCAUAUUUGAAAAAGAAUGCAGUCUUUUUCAGCAACUAGAAACUUUUCUUUCAUCUUUCUUCUUUGAUACCAUGAUGCAUAUGGUUGACUUUACAGUUACACCUUACUUGUUCUGAGUCAUGUUUGACCAAACCAAUUCAGGGGUUGACUCUGUAUGGUAUGUUGGAUCUUUUUCAUGGUGAUGUUUCCUUGUUUACCUUAGAUUUCAAAGGUGCAUGAGCGCCUUGGUUUUGGUUUCUUCCAAUAUAUUUGAAUUUUGAACUGAUGGAGUGUGUGCUACAGUUUUACAAGUACACAUUAAACAUACAACUGGUAGCGUUGUGUUAAGUGUCACUGAUAUUUUAAGAGCAUGUUUAGACAACAUCAACUUUAAGCUCUUAAUCCUUUAGCUUUGUUGCUAUGAUAUUCUUAGGUAGUGUCCAUUGCAAUUUGCAAUUUGCAAUGAAAAAAGUUGUUUGUUUUUGGAAUGGACCAUCACUAAACCAAAUCUGAUUCCUUCAAUUUUGUUGAUUUUCAUUCCUUAGGCAGAAGGGGAUGUUUUUCUAUCAUUCAUUCCAUCACGGAAAAUUGUAAUAUAACCCAUUUUUAGUUAUAAAGUUUUUAAUAACACAAUACUAUUAUUUUAUAAAAUUAAGGGGCUGUUUGAUAACCUCUGAAUGGAACCGUUGGCCUCUGAAUCGGUCAGCAUUUAUAGUGCCGUUUGAUACAACCUCUUAAUGGCGGCAUCUGAACGGUUUAGUAACCCUAUCUUCUCUCAACCAUUACGAGGUUGGAAUCCAUUUAGCACUAAAUGAUUUUUUUGUUACAUUCUUAUUUGGGUUUUAAUGAGCUUUUAUGAACUUUAGCUUUAUAGUAUCGUAAAUAAUAAAUCCUAUAAUUAUAACUAAAUAUAUAGAAUGUGAAGAUUUAUUCCCUUCCUACGGAUGGAUGAAAUAUGAUCAUGGAAUCAUUCGAUUGCCUUUUUCUUAUUCCAUUCAUUUGGCCAUUCCAUCCCAUCAAACAAAACCCUUACAUUACAAUUGAAAACACCAAAAUGUAUUUAUAUAAUCCAUAGUGGUUCAUAAAAUAACAAGUGCUUUUCUUUUAAUUCCUUCCGAUAUUGAAUUUUAUAAAAUAAAUGUACAAAAUAGCAAGUAUAUUUUUCAAUUGAGUUUAUAAUCUUGGUAGAGGCGGCAAUAUGGGGAAAUUUAUAUAAAUAGUUAGUAUGUUAAAUAAGAUAAAAGAAACUAUAUUGUUACAAUAAUAACUGGAGUAUUAUUUUUAAUAAAGCAAUCUAGGAGAUUGUAUGCAUUAUGGAAAACACUUGGGGGCAACUCACGACCCGUUUCCUUUUAGCCAGUUUUUUUUUUUUUUAAAUUAAACCCAUAAGAUUUAGACCCGUUAUAGAUAUAAAACAUAACCUAAAGAACAUAUUCAUAAGUAAAUAAGUUGAUAUUUCCACUUUUAAAUCUUGGUUUAACGAGAUAUUCAUUAACCAAUUUAAUUUAACAUGUCCGAAUAAACUAAUGCCAUUAGUUUGCUCUUGUUUAUGCAUUUUUUUUGUCUAAAUUUACAUGAAUAGUUAGUUUGUGCCAUACCCAUAAUCAACUCUUAUUAGGGGGGUUAUUACUUAUUAUGCAGCUUACAGAUCUGCAUUCCACUUUGGGAGUGAAAUGAAGCAAAUACUAGUAGUAACUAACUGCUCAUGCAAUUUUAUUCUUGCUGAAUAUGAUAGAUCGUUGACUUGGCCCAUGAUUAAUUAAAAAUAUUUGACUAUCGAUCGAUUUCGGAAACGGCCUUAAAUACGCACAAAGUAAAGAAAACGUGUUGAACACAAUCAAAGUCGUUAAUUACACUUAAUGAUUAAUAAUAAGGUGCACAUAGGUAAAAUAAGUUACCAAAAAAGGAUAUGUUGCCCUAAAUGAAAAGUAUUGCAGUUUCUUGCCAUAGAGGGAGUGGAGUAUAUUUGAAAUGAAUCUCCGAACACGUCAUUAUAUUUUUAUAAAUUUGAUGUUAUCUUCUUUUUAGACAUUGUUAAUAUAGUACUAAAAGCUUAUGUUAUUUAUGAGUGAAGGAAUUUGAAGCCGACUUUUAAUCAGGACCUUGAAAGAACAGACUCAGAAGUUUAUUAAAUUAUUUAUGUGUGCUUGCUUACUCUUGUAACAUCUUUACUUUCAGUUUUAUUGCUAACAUAUGUUUUUUUUUUUUUUUUUUGCACUACUAUAUAAUAUAUAUAGUAGGCUGACAUAUCAUAUGUAGGAGAUCAUCUGGUGCAUGCUUGCGUUUUUCCUAUGCUAGAGGUCUUCAAUGGAAGCAAUCCAUCUACACCUGUGUAACAGGUAGACACAUGAUUGAUUUUGGAAGAUAAUAAUUCGGAUGAUUUUUAAGGAAAUCCAUCUAAGAGUUUGGGUGUAUCUUUGGAUGUGUAAUCAAGUUUCAUCAAACAGUUGGUUGUUGCAGGAAUGAGAACACUGGAUUGCUAUAUAACAUUUUAUAUUUUCUUGUAUCAUCUCAUAAUGUUUUGUAUCUUUUCAUUCAGUUUUAUGUUGUUUUAUAUCAAAAGCUUUAGUAUUAUUUCGGAUGGAGUUUUAUGCUAUCAUUUCAUAUCAUAUAACAUGUCAAGCUAAAAAGGUUUCUGUAAAGACAAAGUAUUAAUAUAAAGGACUAUUAGAUUUGAA